UCCCCCCGCCCGGGCUCUGAGCAGCAGCAGCAGGAGGAGGAGGAGGAGGAGGAUUAUCGCAGGAGAUCUCCCGGUGGCAGAGCUCGGAUUCUACCUGUCACUGCUUCAUCCUCAUCAUCCUUACACCGGGCCGCCCGUCCUGUCCUCCCCGAUCACAGGCCUUAAAAUGCAGCCACAUUGGAGGUGGAUAUGUUUCGCUAUGCUGCUUGUUGGCUUGGCAUCAGCUGAAGUCAGCGUCAAAGAAGAGGAUGAUGAGGAUGAUGUUACAGACACCACAGAAGCCAACAGUGAAGAGCAAAAGAGUUAUUUAGAGGUUAUAUACCAGACGCCUGUCCCUAGUGGUGAUGUGUUCUUCGCUGAGACCUUUGAUGAUGGAUCUCUGAAUGGGUGGGUCCUCUCCAAAACCAUGAAGGAAGAUGCUGAUGAAGACAUUGCCAAAUACGAUGGUCAGUGGAAGGUAGAAGAAUUAAAGGAAAACAAGUUAUCAGGAGACUUGGGUCUGGUGCUGAAGUCCACAGCAAGGCACCAUGCCAUUUCUGCAAAACUAAAGAAACCUUUUGUCUUUGAAAGUAAACCUCUGAUUGUACAGUAUGAGGUGAAUUUUCAGGAUGGCAUUGAUUGUGGGGGUGCAUACAUCAAGCUUCUGUCUCAUUCAAGUGAUCUGAAUCUGGAAGAAUUCCAUGAUAGAACCUCAUACACAGUUAUGUUUGGUCCAGACAAGUGCGGGGAAGAUUAUAAACUUCAUUUUAUCUUCAGACAUAAAAACCCUGUAAUCGGAGAUUAUGAUGAGAAACAUGCAAAACGGCCUGAAAUUGACCUGAAGAAAUUCUUUACUGACAAGAAGACGCAUCUUUACACUUUGAUACUAAAGCCGGACAACACAUAUGAAAUAUUGAUAGAUCAAACUGCUGUUAGCCAAGGAAGUCUUCUGGAAGAUGUUAUACCACCUCUGAAUCCACCUAAAGAAAUAGAUGACCCAAAAGAUAAGAAACCUUUAGAGUGGGAUGAGCGUCCUAAAAUUCCUGAUCCUGAUGCUGUGAAGCCAGAAGACUGGGAUGAAGGGGGGCCUGCUAAAAUAGAGGAUAUGAGUGCAGUGGAACCAGAAGGCUGGCUGGAGGACGAGCCUUACCUGAUACCUGACCCAGAGGCUCAGAAGCCCAAUGACUGGAAUGAUGACAUGGAUGGUGAAUGGGAAGCUCCUCUAGUUUCCAACCCAAAGUGUAAGACUGCACCUGGAUGUGGAGAGUGGACACCCCCGCUUAUAGACAAUCCGAACUACAAAGGACCCUGGAAGCCCCCUAUGAUUGAAAACCCUGAUUACCAGGGAAUUUGGAAACCUCAUAGAAUCCCAAACCCACAUUAUUUUGAGGACCUUAAUCCAUUUAGAAUGACACCUUUCAGUGCAGUUGGAUUGGAGCUGUGGUCAAUGACUUCCGAUAUCUAUUUUGACAACUUUAUCAUCUGUACUGAGAAGGAGGUUGCUGACCGCUGGGCUUCUGAUAGCUGGGGACUGAAGAAACUGGUGGCCAGCGCCAAUGAGCCAGGCAUGAUGAAUCAACUCCUGAGUGCUGCAGAAGAGCGGCCAUGGCUGUGGGGCCUUUACAUCCUGACAGCUGCCCUCCCUGUGGGUCUUCUAGUCCUGUUCUGCUGGCCCAGAAAGAAAAUUGAAGAAGAAGAAGAGGAUGCAGACUUUUCUAUGAGUGAUUUUCUGGAGCCUGAUGAAAAUGAUUUAGGUCCCCGGAAUGAUAUGAAGAAGGGGGAUUUAGAAAGCCCUGAAGUUUACAGGAAGGCAGACCUGUACAAUGGCGAUGUGGAUGAUAAGACAGAAAAUGAGGAGGAAGAUGAGGAAUUUAGUCAGGAAGAUGAAGAUGCUGGAGCCACAGUAGAACAGUCUUCAGAUGAUGAGAUGAAAGAGGCAGACGAAGGUGCAGAUAGUGGUGACAACUUAAAGAAAUCUCUUCGUAAAAGACGAGUACGGAAAGAUUAACUGUUCCCACAUAUCUAUUGGACUGUUCUAGAAAGCUGGUUGCCAACCAGUUUGUAUCAACUUGGUGACAGUCAUGAUACACUGGCAUGGAUUCACAUCUUACCUCUUGGUCCGAGGCAUUGUGAAACCUGAACAUUUCUUGUUCAUGCACUCUCGUCAGAGACUUUACAUUUUGGUGCACAUUCAUUUUCUUUGACAUUUCAUGUACAUCCAGGUUUUCAUUAGACUGUGCUUAUUUCUUAUUUCGUUUACUGUUUAAUUCAGUUCUAUACAAUAGACACUAAGGGGCACUAGCAAUUCUUUUUCUCCUGAAUUUCUUUUGUUCCUUUAUCCUAACUUUCCUGUUAUAUAGUGCACUCUAUCUUCCCGUUAGAUCUGCUCUGCGUUUAAUACUAUGAUAAUGGCAUGUGAGCUGAUGCCAGUUGCACCACACCAGAGGCACUUGACACAGUCCUAUUCAUGCCAACAAAAUACUUCAGUUGCGGACUUAGUAAAGGCGAUAUUGAUCACUUCUGGAUGAAACCUUUCUCAGGUUGUUACUUUAGCAGGCUUUUUAUUUGGUGCUGAUAACAACCACCCUAUAAAGCACAGCUGGUUAAUACUAUCUGCAUAGUAUAUUUGGGGCUUCCCUCAAAUACUGUUGCUACGGGCAGAGGAAUGUGUAUGGGGUUACAAGAAAUUUACCCUUUAGACAUUUACUGUGAGUUAGCUGAAUUAAUAACUCUGCCAAGUAUUCCUUCCCAACAAGUGGUUAAUAAUGGGCCCGCCAUAGGGGUCAAUGAUUUGUACUGUGUUCUUUUUCACAAAUAGUUUUCCAUGUUAAUGCUAAUGAUAUUCUACUGUAUGUCUAACAUGAUGUACGUUUUAUUCCCAAACUUUUAUAGUUGACUGUUGAACAAAGACUUGUCCAAGUUUAUUAAAAUAACAAAAUGUAUAUUGUUAUUUCAAAUAAAUAUUUAAUAUAACAGGUGCUUUUUUUCCCUG